UAAGUGCUUUGUGUGUAUUAACUCAUUUAAUCCUCAAUCCAAUGGGUUAGUACUAUCAUUAUCCCAAUUUUUAGAUGGGCAACCUGAGACCUAGAGAAGAUAAACUUGCCCACGGUGUCACAGCUGGCUAAUAAUGUGAAAUGCAGAGUGGGGCCUCUGAACUUUCCUCGAAUCUAAAGAAAUACUAUCGAUGGAUGCAAAAUGCAGAGCAUUUCCUGCCCCUUGGCUCAAAAUGUCAGCAACUCUGGAGAAGGCACUUAUCUUUGAUCAGUGUUCGCAGGGGUGUGGCUCACUUGAGGAGUCCUGUCCCCUUGAGAGGCAGGCCCUGGACGUCCUACCUGGAGAGAGACAGGACUGGAUGUGGGUACAUGACUCUCCUAGCAGAGAGGUCAUAGAAGUGAGGAGAGAUGGAGAGCGAGAUCUGGAUGGAGAACAGGCUCUAUCCAGUGCCCAGGAAGGGCAGAGCUUGGCACGUGAGAAGAUUUUAGCAUCAACCUUGGAUUCACCAGUUACCCAACAGUGGCCCACAGUCAUCCAGCCUGAAAAUGUCAUUCCCUUUUCUUGGGUCCUGCAAAAGAGAGCAUCUGCUUCCCCUGCAUCUGCCUUGGAUUGUGUGAAUUGUCAAGGAGACAGGACACAGGAAGAGGUACCAUUGAUAAACUAUCCCCAGGAGCUGGUGAUGUUUGAAGACAUAGCUGUGUAUUUUACCCAGAAGGAGUGGAUGUGUUUGAUCCCUGCUCAGAGGGACCUCUAUAGGAAUGUGAUGCUGGAGAAUUAUGAGAAUUUGCUUUCUCUAGGUAAGGACUCUAUUCAUUCUUUUUGGUUCUGCUUUACUUCUUCAUGUGUCAAUGCCCAGUACUAGUUUGAUAAGGAUCAUGCCUCAUCUUUUUGGCCUCCUGGGAGAAGAGUGUCUUGGGACUUUCUUCAGGUUCAGAGAUAGAAUUUUUUCUCUCCAGGCCUAGUUUGGUGGAACUAGGUUGUAUGUGCCCAUGGAGACACUGUUUCCUUUGCCAUCCUUGAAU